GGUGUGUGUGUGUGUGUGUGUGUGUGUGUGUGUGUGUGUGUGAGGCCCACAAAUGGAAGAGCAGAGCUCCGCUGGUUUGGCUGAAUGGAGUUCAACAAUGCAGGAAUGUGUGUGUGUGAGUGUGUGUGUUCAGAUUUUAGAAGCCUGUCGCUGGUUUCCAUAGAAACUAUGAUGUAAGCUCAAGCUGGGGAGGCUCUCUUUCAUUGUGUGUGUGUGUGUGUGUGUGUGUGUGUGUGUGUCUGAACAAGCUGAUAGAGAGAUUUCGCUUGAUGGAGGAACGAGACGACAGAGAAGUAAAGAAACCAGAGAAAACAGGAGGAAGAGGAAGAGGAAGAGGAGGAGGAGGAAGCGAUGCGUUGACAGAACUUCAGGAGGACACGUUAGAGAAACUUCGUGAUGUUCAGAUGUAGCUUCACCCCCUGAUGAGACACGAGUCUCAGUGCAGUUCCCACUUCCAAACCACCAUCAUGGCUGACAAAAACCCAUCACGUUCAUCCUCCUUGUCUUCACCUUCCCAGCACAAUGGGAGAACAGUGGGGGCAGCACCCAAACUUUCAUCAACAUCUCACCAAAAUGGCAAUGUGGAACCAGCACCAGGACACCACAGUCCCAGUAACCCCAGUCCUGCAUCCAUCUCACCCCUCAGGACCUUCCGGACUGUUGGAGGUCUUACAUCUCCUGCACCAAGUUCUGGUUCUGAGGGUGGAUCUGAGUCCAACAGAUGCUGGGGUCAGAGCCACAGCUCUGCCUUGAGCCUGAGGACCAGGACCACCAACAAGCUUACAAGCAGCCAGCAGGCGGAACCAGAGGACCUGUUGGACCUGAUUCUGGAGUCUCAGUGUCAGAGAAUGGAAGACCAGAGAGCCAGCCUCAGCCUGCUGCCUGAGCAAAGACCAGCUGCCCUCUGUGGGGCCUGUAGUCCAGAUCUGGACUUCUACUACAUGCUCAUACGCUACCAGUCUGACAGGAUGGAUGACCAGAGAUGCUCCCUUCCAGAUCUGGAUGAUGUGGUCAGCCCAAUUCCUGAGGGUCAGGAGGAUUUCUUCAGUCUGGUCCAGAGGGUCCAGUCCAGGAGGAUGGAUGAGCAGAGAGCCUCGAUGCUGCUGAGACAUCCUGAGGACGACCAGGACGUAGAGUUAGCUGAUUCCACCCCCCACUACCGUCAUUUUCACCACUGAUCAAGAAGAGAGGAACUGGAUCUGUUCUUUUACCAGAAUCCAUGUCCUCAGAUGUUCAGUUCUUGUACAUUUUCCUUUUCCCUGCAGAAUCACCUGGGUCCAAACCGAGAAUCACAUGACUCAUUGUUUCCUCACUGACUUCCUGUCUGAAUGACAAACAGACGGUGUGAUGCAGUGACAGAAACUCACCUGUUCACUCCGCUCCCACAAUGCACUGCAGCAGCCUGAUCGAUCAGGUUCCAAUAAGUGCUUCUGCAGGAUGGCAGCAUGGGCAAUGUAGUAACUAGCAAGACUAAGGCAAUGCAACAGCUGCUCCUCUGAGCCACACAAAAAAACAUCAUUUUUCAGGUUCUAUUCUGGUUCUGGUGACGAUGCCUUUCCGACGUGAGCCUGACACAGAUCAGCUCCAUCAGAUCACUUUUGGAGGCGAGUCCAGAGCAGGUUGAUUUUUCUAGGUUCUCCUGGUUUUUAAAGACUAAUGUUUAGAGCUGUAGCACAUGUGUAUAUUCUGUACAUUUAGUGUACAGAUGUUAUGGAUAAACAAGACACAGAAGAGCGAUGUUAUGAUGCUGCUCCUGUUGUUUAAGUUUUGUUUCUCAACAAGGAACUAAAAAAAAAAGUUCUAUAAAGUGAUCAGCUGCAGGCUUCUGUGGUACAGAUGCAAACAACAGGAGAAGCUUCACAAAUAGUCAGUAGAACUAUGACAAGGUUCUGAAAACAUCUCAUGAUCAUGUGCACUAGUUCAGAAUCCUUUUCAUCAGUGGAUCUCAGUAACAACAGACCUAUAAGCAGGACAGAGGUCUGGACCUGGUCUGGUGUGUGCUCUUCUUGUCUUUAACCUGAAGAGUGACUGGAACUGCUAUCACAGGUCUGUUGCAGCUCUGAUCUAUUCUGGAGGAUCUCGGGGGAUCUGAACUGAAGUCAUGAGCUAAAAGGGUCCUGCUGAGGCAGUAUCAAAAUGCUGUCUGCACUCAGAAUCCUUCUGGACCCCAAAUCCUGAAUCCAUCUGCAUCCUGGAUCUUUCUGCAGAAUUCAGAGUUCAGUUGGGAAAAAGUUCAAGUUGUUUAAUGUGUAAGAACCAUAGAUGUGCUGUAUUUGACUUUUAACACAUUAAUGAUGCAAAAAAAGGAAUAAAAGUUCCUCUAACAGA